UCCUCUCGCGAGAUAGCGAGAAGCGCGCGGCCGGUGGCGGCCGCUCCCCUUAAAUAGCGGGGUGAGGCCCGGCCUCCCCAGACGGCGGCGGCGGCGGCGUUAGGGGCAGCGGCUACGGCUCGUCAGUUCUGUCUUCUUCGUUCUGCGGGCUGUGUAGAAUUCAAGACCUGAAAAAAAUGGCAUUGGCAGCAGUUGAUCCACAGCAGAACAUUGUAUCAAGGGUUGUCAACCUUCCCUUGGUGAGCUCCACCUAUGAUAUGGUGUCCACAGCUUAUAUCACCACAAAGGACAACCAUCCUUAUCUGAAGUCAGUAUGUGAGAUAGCAGAGAAAGGAGUGAAGACCAUUACUUCAGUAGCCAUGACAGGUGCUAUGCCUAUCAUCCAGAAACUGGAACCACAAAUUGUAGUUGCCAACAACUAUGCAUGUAUAGGUCUGGACAAAAUUGAAGAGAGACUGCCUAUAUUGAAUCAGCCCACUGACAAGGUUGUUGCCAAUGCCAAGGAUGUAGUUGUUGGAGCCAGAGAAGCUGUAACAACCACUGUGACUGGUGCCAAGGAAUCUGUUGCUCACACAAUCACUGGAGUUGUGGGCAAGACCAAAGAAGCAAUGCAAGAGAGUGUAGAAAUGACCAAGUCAGUUGUCAAUGGCAGCAUUAACACUGUCCUGGGAAGUCGUGUGGUGCAGCUGGUGAGCAGUGGAAUGGACAGUGCUCUCACUAAGUCAGAGACCCUUGUAGAUCAGUAUCUCCCACUUACUGAAGCAGAAUUAGAGAAAGAAGCUGCAAAAGUUGAAGGUUUUGAAGGUGGAGUUCAGAAGCCAAGCUACUAUGUUAGACUAGGAUCCUUGUCUUCAAAGUUCCGCACACGUGCCUACCAACAAGCCUUAAACAAAGUUAGAGAUGCUAAACAGAAAAGCCAGGAAGCAAUCUCUCAGCUCCAUCACACUGUUAGUCUGAUUGAGUAUGCCAGAAAAAACAUGAAUAGUGCCAAUCAGAAACUUCUUGAUGCUCAGGAAAAGAUUUAUCAGUCCUGGGUAGAAUGGAAGAAAAGCACAGGCCAAAAUGAUGGUGAUGAACUUCGUAGCACUGAGCACAUUGAGUCAAGAACUCUAGCUAUUGCACGGAGCCUCACUCAGCAGCUUCAGACCACCUGCCUCACACUGGUCUCAAACCUCCAGGGGCUACCACAGAAUGUGCAGGAUCAGGUUUACAGUAUUGGGUCAAUUGCAGGUGAUGUCUACCAGAGCUUUUGGUCAGCCUCUUCUUUCCAAGAGUUAUCAGACAGCUUUCUUGCCAGUAGCAAAGGACAGCUGAAGAAAAUGAAGGAGUCUUUGGAUGAUGUGAUGGAUUAUCUUGUUAACAACACACCGCUCACCUGGCUGGUUCCAGAUUUCACUAUUACAGACCUGUCUUCAGAGUCAGAUGAUAUCCCAGAUAUUUUGGAUUUGGAUGAAGAUGAACAACAAGACUUUUCACGCACAAAUGGCCCUUAUACUGCAGGGCAAAGAGCUGAAUAAAGAGACGCAUAAACAUCUUUUUGAUACAAUGUACUUUUGCCAUGUUUAAAAGUAAUCUAAGUUAAAGAUGAACCUGCCUAGCUUAGGGCUUUCUGGGGAUAUUUUUUUAAAAUCAGUACUGUUUCACUUAGAAGUAUCAGAGUUCUGAUAUUUUUUUUUCCUGUUUAAGGAAUGCAUGCUACAUUAAUUCAUUAGCAUUCUACAGGCCAGGUACAGCCUAACCAGUGUAUCCAAGUGAUCUAAUCAGCAGUCCUGAGAACAUUCCAGUGCUUUGCAUAAAGGACUGGUAACAAAAGGAGUUCAUGAGGAUUUGUGCACAAAAUCUCCCCUUUCAGUCAACGUGAAAAGCACUUCUGCAUCUACCUCUUUGCUGCUGGAAGGGGUAAUAGACUUUGUCUGUCUCAGAUUUCUCUCAGGUUCUUUUCUUUGGGCUCUGACCUUCCGAGUUUAGACGCCUGAAGCUUCUUUUUGGCGAGAGUGCUUUAUGCACAAAAGGACUUCUUUUCUCUCUGUAUGCCUUCUGUGUGCAAAAAUUUUGGUCAUCCUAAUGCUAUCAGUUGUUGGGCCUGAGAUCAGAAGAGAGUAAACGUUUAAAAAUCAAAGUUUUCCAGGAAAAAAUGAGACAGAAAUGAGGCAGAAGAGACCACAAGAAGUAAAGAAAAACAGAAUGUGAAGAUACAAAUAUUAUGGAACAGGGGAAAAAAAAAUGAAUAGUUGAAUUCAGGUGCCAGUGAUGAUCUUUUUAUGUUUAAAUAAAUCGAGUUUGUGUUAAAAGAAUGUCACAUCUGCUUGCACACAGUGACUUCUGUAGGAGUUGGGGGUGAAUGGAAAUUGGACUAGAAGCAGGUUUUUCUUUCCGAGGAACAGGCUGAACUCCCACAGGGGUCUCCACGUCACCAGCGCGACUGCAGCAAGGCUGGAGAUGUUGCACGGUGCUACUGUGUGUCAACCGCAGAAACGGCAUUGGGUAGAGCUGUGAGGUGUUCACCUCUGGUCUUUUGUCAUACGACUCUUGGUUGUUGUGGAAACGUUAAAGCCCAGACACUGAAAUGCCUUGAAAUAAAAGUCUGAACUGCGUA